AUGCCAAUGCCAGAUAAAGCACACACACGUCCUAUCCCCAAGCCAGGUGUAAUUCACUCAAAAGGUCCAUUCCGUUUCUGGUGGACUCGUCCUUAUCGGAAACGUCCUACUUUAUCAUCUCACACUAUUACUGGGCCAACACCGCCCCCACGCGAAUGGAGUCCCAGAGUAGAGGUGAAUGUGACAAUGAAUCAGACAACAUUAAUACAAGAACCAACCGAACAAGUAAAACGAGAAUGUAAGUUGAAUGCAGUUGGCAUUCCUGUUCUGCAUGCCGACUCCCAAUAUGGUGCUACUGGUUCCUGGUUCCGAGAUUCCAUGCCACGUAACGAAGAAUGGGCACGAAAACGAUGGGUCACUGAUACAUUCGCAUCUGCUGUUCUUGUACCUAAUAUAUUAAUAGCAAUAUAG